CGCGAGGGGCGGGGGGCCGGGCGCUAACCCCGCGCCGACGUCGCUCACUCCCGGGACGCUCGGCCUGGGUCGCGCUUCAGCCUUCACUGCGGCGUCGUUGUCGAGUGCCCCCGAGAACUCCGCAGGGGUGUGGGGAGGUAUAUAAGAAGUAAAUUCUGACAAAGUCUACAAGUAGGAUGGAUAGUUAUUUUAAAGCAGCAGUCAGUGACUUGGACAAGCUCCUUGAUGAUUUUGAACAGAAUCCAGAUGAACAAGAUUAUCUUCAACAUGCACAAAAUGCAUAUGGUUCUAACCACUGCUCAGUUUCUUCAGAGUUGAUUUCCUUAAAACUGACUUCUGUGUUACCGAAAGAUCAACAGUGCAUUAGUUGUACCUCAUCAGAAACAUGCCGUGAAACAGAUAAGACGAAUGAAAAAAAAUUUGAAGGACUAACUUCAAUUCAGAAUGAAAAAAAUGUAACAGGACUUGAUCUCCUUUCUUCUGUGGAUAGUGGCACUUCAGAUGAAAUCCAGCCUUUAUAUAUGGGGCGAUGUAGUAAGCCUGUCUGUGAUCUGAUAAGUGACAUGGGUAACUUAGUUCAUAUAACUAAUAGUGAAGAAGAUAUUAAAAAAUUACCAGAUGAUUUUAAGUCUAGCUCAGAUUCUUUGAUUGGAAUGGAUCUAUCUACGGUCUCAGAAACUCUUAGUAUUUCUUCAGUAGACCAUGAUAAAAAUGCUGUCAAAGAGGAAAAAAAUAAUACAGAUUCUGAAUUACAGAAUAGACAAAUCAGUGCAAUUAAAGACUUGGGUAUAAAAGUUGCACUCUCAGAUUCAUGUAACGACACUGGAAAAGACAAUGUAAGGGAUAAUUUAUCUUUGAUUUCUAAUCAGUUAGAGUCAGUGGUUGAUUUUAACCUGCCAUCUGCUUUUACUCAACAAAGUUGUAAAAAAUUUGAUGCCAAAGACAAUCUACAGCCCAUGAACCAGACAUGUGAAAUAAAAGCUGAUGACUGUUUGGUAAAAGAAGUAAUAGAUGGGACAGUCAUGGAGCCCAUUGAGUGUUUAAAAGAAGGAGGAAGCACAAGUGCAUUACCUUGUAAUCUUGUACAAGGUGAAGAUUUAUAUUUAUGUGAUCCAAAUUCAAGAGAUGAAAAUAUCAAAUUACCUGACUUCUCCUCUCAAGAUAACAGGACUGCUAUGUUUGAAAAACAGUCAGCAAAAGAAGACUCGAGGAAUUUAGAUCUUAAAGAUGUAAUUCAAGAUUCCUCUUCAACUUCACAUAUUUCAAGUAAAGAUAACUGUUCCUCAUUGUCCUGUCUGCCAGUACCUGGGUCUUUGUGUAGUGAAUCAUUAGUUGAAAGUAAAGCACAUGAUGAUUGUUUACCACAGAAUGAACUCAGAGAUAGUGUGCAAAAUACAGCAACUGUGCAUGAAGACACACAGAAGUCUGUGGUUCUGGGUGGUGGGCUGUUGAAAGAGACAGAUCUUUUGAAACAGGAACAGUGUGAUAACAUUGUUCUUCAGCCAUUAAUUGAAAAGAUGGACGAAGGAAAGGUUGGUGCUGAUGAGAAGGUAAUCAGGGUUGGGUCUUUAGAUUACCCCAAUACCACUUCUAGAGCUGCAGAGUCUGAAAUGGAACUUUUAGGUGCUAGUGCCCCAGAACCUCCUGAUUGUUGUGAAGGUCUCACUUUUUCAAGCAGUAUUGAUGGACAAGAUUUAGAUUACUUUAAUAUUGAUGAAGGCAUGAAAAGUGGCGCACUAAUUAGUGAUGCUGAACUUGAUGCCUUUCUGACUGAACAGUAUCUUCAGACCAGUAACAUAAAGUCAUUUGAAGAAAAUAUAAAUGACUCAAAAACUCAAAUGAAUAAACUAGACAUUAAUGACCUAGAUGAAGGAAACAAUAAUAAUAUAUAUUUUAAUACAGAAGCAGGAGCUACUGGGGGAAGUCCUUGUAUUAAUAUAUGUGAGACAGUUGAGAAAGAAAAUGUGACAGAAAAUGGUGGUCUUUCUUUAGGGAAAAAAAGUACAGUUUUUGUUGAACAAAAUUUAUCUAGCAGUAAAUCUGAAGUUACAAAUGAAGUAUCAGUCUUUGAUGUCAACAAUCAAUCUGAUCAUGUUGGAGGGGCCAGACCUAAGCAGUUAUUUAACAUUCCAUCAAGAACAAGGAGUAUAAAGGAAUCAAGUAAGCCAGAUGUUCCAAAUACGCCUGAAAGUGAACCUACCAUGGCAAAUACUGUUACACCAACCUCUAAUACUAUCGAUUCUACAGCUGAUCUUUCGGUUAACUUCAACUCUAAUUACAUUGAUAUAGAAGGUAACUUUGAAGGUGGAUCCAGAUUGGUAACAGGGAAUGAAGAGUCUCUACCUGCAAGGACUUGCCAAGAAGGUCUGGUUUUGGGCCAGAAACAACCUUCUUGGGUUCCAGAUUCAGAAGCUCCAAACUGUAUGAACUGCCAAGUCAAAUUUACUUUUACCAAACGACGACACCACUGUCGAGCAUGUGGCAAAGUAUUCUGUGGUGUCUGUUGUAAUAGGAAAUGUAAACUGCAGUAUCUAGAAAAGGAAGCAAGAGUAUGUGUAGUCUGCUAUGAAACUAUUAGUAAAGCUCAGGCAUUUGAAAGGAUGAUGAGUCCAACUGGUUCUAAUCUUAAAUCUAAUCAUUCUGAUGAAUGUGAUGCUAUUAUUCAGCCUCUUGAGGAGACUCAAACAUCCAGUAAUCCUUCACCUACAGCUUUGCCAACCUCAGUGCUUAAACAGCCUACUGUUGAAGGAUUAUGUUCAAAAGAACAGAAGAGAGUAUGGUUUGCAGAUGGUAUAUUACCCAAUGGGGAAGUUGCAGAUACAACAAAAUUAUCAUCUGGAAGUAGAAGAUGUUCAGAAGACUCUGGUCCACUCUUACCUGAUGUACCCUUGAUGGUAGAUUCAGUGGAUCAUUCUCAUUCUGCUGCAGUGGAAAUAGCAAACAACGAAAUAGGAGAUACUACAAGAAAAGAGACAAUUCAGAAUUCUGUUUCUCAGGUUCCACCUAAGGAAAAAUUGCCUGUAAAUUCAGGAACUGAAGGGGUACCUAAUUCUGCUUCUUUUACACUGGAUGAUGAUGUUUUUGCAGAAACUGAGGAACCUUCUUGUCCUACUGGUGUCUUGGCUAACUGCAGUGUACCUGUUGCUAAUACUUCAGAUUAUAGGUUAUUGUGUGGUAUUGACAAGAAUGUUUGCAAUAAGAUUAGUCUCCUACCUAAUGAUGAAGACAGCUUGCCUCCUCUUCUGGUUGCAUCUGGAGAAAAGGGAUCAGAGCCUGUGAUAGAAGAGCAUCCAUCUCAUGAGCAGAUCACUUUGCUUCUUGAAGGUGAAGAUUGUCGUCCAGUUACUUUUGUCCUAAAUGCUAAUCUGCUUGUGAAUGUCAAGUUAGUAUUUUAUUCCUCAGACAGAUACUGGUACUUCUCAACCAAUGGAUUGCAUGGCUUGGGACAAGCAGAAAUUAUUAUUCUAUUAUUAUGUUUGCCAAAUGAAGAUACUAUUCCCAAAGACAUCUUUAGAGUAUUUAUUACCAUAUAUAAGGAUGCUUUAAAAGGAAAAUACAUAGAAAAUUUGAACAAUAUAACCUUUACUGAGAGUUUUCUCGGCAGCAAGGAUCAUGGAGGAUUCCUAUUUAUUACACCUACUUUUCAGAAACUUGAUGAUCUACCAUUACCAAAUAAUCCCUUUCUUUGUGGAAUUCUUAUCCAGAAGUUAGAGAUUCCCUGGGCAAAGGUGUUUCCUAUGCGUUUAAUGUUACGAUUGGGAGCAGAAUAUAAAGUAUAUCCUGCUCCCCUAACAAGUAUCAGAGGACGAAAACCUCUUUUUGGAGAAGUAGGACACACUAUUAUGAACUUACUUGUUGACCUCCGAAAUUACCAGUAUACCUUGCAUAAUAUAGAUCAACUAUUGAUUCAUAUGGAAAUGGGGAAAAGCUGCAUUAAAAUUCCUCGGAAAAAAUAUAAUGAUGUAAUAAAAGUGAUAAAUUCUUCCAAUGAGCAUGUUAUUAGCAUUGGAGCUAGUUUUAGUACAGAAGCAGAUUCUCAUCUAGUCUGUAUACAGAAUGAUGGAGGUUAUCAAACACAGGCCAACAGUGCCACUGGACACUCUAGAAAAGUGACAGGUGCAAGUUUUGUGGUAUUCAAUGGUGCUCUAAAAACAUCUUCAGGAUUUCUUGCUAAGUCCAGCAUAGUUGAAGAUGGCUUAAUGGUACAGAUAACUCCCGAGACCAUGGAUGGCUUGCGGCUAGCUCUACGAGAACAAAAAGAUUUUAAAAUUACUUGCGGGAAAGUUGAUGCUGUAGACCUGAGGGAAUAUGUGGAUAUCUGCUGGGUAGAUUCUGAAGAAAAAGGAAAUGAAGGUGUGAUUAGUUCUGUGGAUGGUAAAUCAUUACAAGGAUUUCCAAGUGAAAAAAUAAAAUUGGACGCAGAUUUUGAAACAGAUGAGAAAGUUGUUAAGUGUACUGAGGUGUUCUACUUUCUCAAGGACCAAGAUUUAUCCAUUUCACCAAAUUGUUACCAGUUUGCAAAAGAAAUAGCCAUGGCUUGUAGUGCUGCACUGUGCCCUCACUUGAAAACUCUAAAAGAUAAUAGGAUGAAUAAAAUAGGUCUCAGAGUUUCCAUUGACACGGAUAUGGUCGAAUUUCAGGCAGGAUCUGAAGGCCAGCUGCUGCUUCAACAUUAUCUAAAUGCUCUAGAUAGUGCUUUAAUUCCUGUGAUCCAUGGUGGAACCUCUAGCUCUCAUAGUCUACCAUUAGAAAUAGAAUUAGUAUUUUUCAUCAUAGAAAAUCUUAUUUAGUGGAAGGACAUGAGUCAUAUAUUAAAAACUGACUUAUUUAAACUAAAUCCAGCUCUAAUGAUGAAAUGUUACAAACACUAAAAGUAAUGUUAGAUGUUUGAAACCUCUUAAACUUUGCUUUUCAGAUAGAAAAAGGUCUUUUUAAGUAACUAACAGUUUAAAAUCUCUAAAAAGUUAAGAGACCCAGCUUUUGGAGCUUUACAAAUAAUAUAAGUACUAAAAAGACAAAGAUUUCUUCUGUGAGAAGUUUGUAGUAUUUACUGUGUUAUUUUAAUGCUAAGCCAAAGUGUCUGUAUUUAGAUAUACCUCUUAAUGCUAAGAAUGAUUUUAAUGAAGGUUCUUUCAGAUAUAACCUUAUGAAGGAAAUAUCUGUUUUGCAUAUAUGUCAAUUGGAGCACUGGUUUCUAAAGUCUAUUAAAAAUGUUAAUUAUCAGCAUAGAACAGUUUGCAGAUCUUAUACUUAAAUGAUUCUUUGAUUAAGGCAGAUGAUUUAUUUGUGUAAUUGGAGUGUAGACCUACCUCCAUGCUUACUCUGAGUUAAAACCAGAACUUUGCCUUUUUCUUCUCAAAUUAUUACAUAUAUAUGAUUUUUCCUGAUUAAAUGGGUAUUCUUAAACAAAUUGUGGGUGCUUCGAGAUUUUGUGCUUCUAUAUUUGAGUAUAUUGUUUUAUAGCAAGAAUGUCAUUUGGUAUGUGUUUUAUAAAUCCUUAAUAAUUUAUAAAUAGGAAAUAUUUUUGUAUCUCAAUGAUUUUUUUCCUCCUUUCCAUCUAAAUAUAUCCCCCCACCUAAGGAUUUUCCCCUCCUCCCCAUUUACCACUUCUAAGAGGGAUUAACCACAGUCCAAGGGACCCUUCCAGUAGUCAUUAUGUAGCAAUAAAUGAAGCUUCAACAAUAGCUUUUUUGUUUUAUUUCGCACUAAGAGAUUUCUUAGCAACUCUGCAUUUUUCAUUGACACCACUGUAUUAAAUACAAAUUUUAAUGAAUUACUAUUUGAUAUUUAAGAUUCGUUAUAUGAUCAUUAUUUUUAUAAUAGGGUAUUGACAUAAGUUUACAUAUUUGAGACUGUUACAGAGCUUUCUUUUUCAAACAGCAAAACAGAAGUAUACUGCAUUGAAAAAGUAAAGGACAUAUUUUAGAUCUGUUCUUUUAAGUUAUAAAAGGUAAUUAUUUUGAUGUCUUUUAUUCCUAUGUGGAAUAUAUACUUUUUUUUAAUCAAAAACACUCAUUGUAUAGCUCAAGAAAAAAGAAACUAAAUAUUUAUGAAGCAUCUCAGUUUGAAGAUAAAGUCAGGGUUAUAACUCAUGAUCUGAAGUCUCAGUCUAGGAGAGAGAAAUUUCAAUCACAUCUGUAGUAUAGCCACUGAUAGAGUAUGGAGGAGACGAUCAGUCUUUGAGAGCUAGCUCCUCCUUAAUGUAAAGUGUUGCCGGUAUUAAAAAGGCAACACAGGAAGCCAGUAGUGCAGUGGAUAGGGGCAUUUACCUUGCAUGAGGAUGACCAGGGUUUGAUCCCUGACACCCUGUAUGGUCUGCUAUGCCCCACUAGGAGUGAUCCCUGAGCACAGCCAGGAGAAAACCCUGGGCACAACAAACCAAAAAAAUUAAAAAAUAAGAAAGCAACAUGAAACAACUUGCAAUUGUAUUGGAUUAUGAUAUGGGGGUCAAAAGAAUUAAAUAUCAAACUCAAUUUGUUUUCUUCUAACUGUAAUUAUUUAACAGUGUUCAUAAUGACACAUUGUGAGUUAUCUUUAACAACCAGUGAACAACUUUAUUAUGAUAUUCCUUUGGAUAUGUUUUUAGGAAGUCUCCCACAUUUAAUAAAAAUUGGAGUUAUGCGCCUAAAAUCUGUAGGCACAUUUUAAAGCAUUCUUUGUAGGAGUUCUCAAAUGUGUGAAUGUGUUACUUCUUGGAUGAUGUUCUUCACAUUCGUACUUCCUUGAAUAUUUUUUUUGAGGUGAAAAAAUAGAAUGGUUCUUUGUACUCAGUUUGAAAUGAUCUAAUUUUGUCUUAUGCCUUUUAAUACUACUUUUUUUCUCUGCAUUUGUAAUAUGAAGUAAAAUCUAACCUGUUUGUUUUAUGCAACCAUCCAGCAAAUUUUCUGUCUAGAUCCUUGCUUUGUGCAGAGCACUUUAUUAGGUAUCAUUGUUGACAGAUGAAUAAAAUAGUUUUUUCUCUGUUGGGAGGAAAACCGUGAAGUGAAUGGCUGUAAUAAAUAUAUAAAUGUGGAUGAAGCAGUUGGAAAACAGUGCAGGAGGAUAUCCAUAACAGCAGUUGAAGGAACUUAAGAACCUGUGUGUUACUGGAUAUUGAAUUUGUCUCGCCAAGAACUGAGAAUUUAAAAAUAAAUACUAUAUCAGUAAAAAGAUACAAAAUAAUAUAUAAAAACCCUGAAUUUUUAAGGAAUUAUAAAGAGUCGUAUGUGUUGUGUGAAUAGCUCACCUUAUAAUUCAGUAAUAGAAGUAGUAGCCUGACUAUGGUGUCUAUAAAUGGCCUAAGUUUAUAGCAGUCUAGAUUUAGAUAGUAUUUUAUAAAGGAAAAAUGUCACCAAUAAACCGAACUUUUUUUAAUAGCAAUCAUAACUUUGAUAACUCGCCUUGAAAUAAAUCACAAAUUUCUAGACUUUCAUUUGUUUUCCUUUGUGAUUUUAGAAAGUGUUUCAUUAUGUAGUAUAGAUACAAAAUUCAAAAAUCAGAAUGUAUCAGUUUUACCUCCCAACCUGUAUAUAUUUACCUGUUCUUUCCAUUUUCCAGUCUCAACAAGUAAUGAUUUUUGUUUGUUCCUUGUGUAUCUCCCAAGGUUUAGGUGCAGUAGUGGCAAAUAUAAUACAUAUUUUGGAGGUAGAGAGAUAGGUCAAGGGAAGUAGCUGAGCCUCUUCCAAUUCUGGGCACCACAUAUAGUCCUCUGAGCAUCACUAGAGUCACCCCUGAGCACAGCAGGGUGCGACCCAAACACCUUUCCCUAAAAAAUCAAAACCCUCCAUUUAUUAUUUUCUUUUUUAAUAAGUCAUAAAAUGAGGUGACUGGAGAGAUGGCACAGUGGGUAGGGCGUUUGCCUUGCAUGCGGCCGACCCUCGUUUGAUUCCCACCAUCCUAUAUGGUCCCCUGAUCACCGCCAAGAGUGAUUCCUGAGUGCAGAGCCAGGAGUCAUCCCUGAGCAUCGCCAGGUGUGACCCAAAAAGCAAAAAAAAAAAAAAAAAAAGUCAUAAAAUGAGCAUGCUGUGUACAGUGAAGAAAACAGUAUUACCCCUGAAUUUUGUAGUUUAUAUUUAGACUCUUAAGCAUUUUGGUUUUGUCAGACCACUUUUAGUCAUUGAUAAAAGCGUCUUAUGUGCAGAAAGACAAGGAGAUCCAUUAUUAGAAUUAUAACCAUAUGUUUCAGUAGGAGGAUUAUUUUUCUUCUAACAAAAUUUUGGUGAUUAAAACAGGGUUUUUAAUUUUUGAGCUAAAUUUAAAAUGUUUUUGUUAGCUAUUAGAAAUGAUGUCUUACCAUUCUGAAUUUGCCUUUCACUCUCAGACACAUUCGGUUUUCCAAACCAGAUUUUUUUGUGGGGAGCUGGUGGGCUCCCAAGUGGUGCUUAGGAAGUUUCAGGGUCCCACCUUUGAUUCUUUGCCAACUAGACUGGCAGUUCAGUGCAAGGACCUUGAGAUCCGACGCUGCAUUGGCCUCUGAUGCUGGGUGCCUCCCAGAGUGCAUUGGUAAUGCUUAGGGGACUAUGUGGACCAGGAGUUGAAUUCAUGUUGGUGUCACAUGCUAAGCACGUACCCUAAAUACUAUAUCAUCUCCCAGCCCCGUAUCCCCCCCAAAAAAAAAGAUUUUGGGGGGGACAUACACAGCAGUGCCCAAGGAUUACUCCUGGCAAGGCCUGGGGACCAUAAAGGGCGAACCCGGGCUGGCUGUGUGCAAGGCAUACAUCCUACCCAUUGUACUACUGCUCCAGCCACUCCCCAUAUCAAAUAUUUAGUGUUUGGGGUUUUUUUUUUAGUUUUGUUUUUAAGUUUAGGACACCCAGCCAACUUUCUGCCUCUUUAUUCUACUUUUGUUUAUGUUCUGUGAUUUGGAUUUAGCUUGAAACCAGAUGAAAUUUAACAUUACCUUUUGGGAAACAUUUUCUGAAUUCCUGUUGAUAAAAUUACAACCAUGUUUUCAUGCUCUGACAAAUGAGGAAAUAGGUCAAAUUCAGGUGCUUCAUUGUGAACACUAAUGGUUGGUUUUUGUUUGGAGAGGUGAAUAAAAUACUAGCUGUCCUUCAGGGUAAUCACCACCCUUCUGGUAUUCACACUCUGUUUUAUCUGUCCUACUUUGUACUGUGAUGGUUUCUGUGGCAGUGGAAUAGAUUUCCAAUAUUACAUUAUGAGACUGUAUGUAGUAUUCAGCAUUGGCAUAUUGUCUCCAUUUCCUUCCUCUCUCCCCCUCCUCCCCUCCUCUCCUCUUCUUUCCUACCGCUUUCCACCUCCCCACACACACCCCUUCCAAUUUCUCUGUCUUACUCUUUCUAUUGGGUCACUCACUUGUGAAGAAACUAGCUGCUAGACUUGCCAGCCCUAUGAAGAAGCCCAAUGGAGAGGGAACGGGUCUCCUGCUAGCAGCCACAAGACUAAAAGUGGAUCCUCCAACACCAGGCCAGCCUUCAAAUUCUGGCCUUAGUCAGCAAAUUGACUACAUCUACAAGAAAACCACUCAUCUCACCCAAUCUUAGGAAAUGCUUACGAAAUUAAAGAAAAUGUAUAGAUAAUAAACAUCUAUUGUUGUAA